AGACCACAGUGGUGGUGGUGAGCUCGGAGGAACCCAGCUGCCUCUGAGCUCUAGGGUGCCCUGCAAGUCUCACCAACCUACGCAUCCCUGUUCUUCGAGGCUGGAGCUGGGACUCCAGGGCUCCUGUGGCCACAUUCAGCUGGCUCGCGGCCCUCCCUGCCUCGCCGCCCUCCCUGGCCGCGCGACCGCCGGAGCCCCCUCCCUCCCUCGCAGAGCUGCGCGCUCCGCCCGUGCAGCCGCCGCCACUGCCACCGCCGCCGCGUGCUCCUGCUGCCUUCUCGCUUCAGCCGAGCCAGCCAGAGGAACGAGGGGGGGGUGGCAGAGAGAGAGAGAGAGAGAGAGAGAGAGAGAGAGUCGGCGAGGCAAGCGGAGCGGGGACACGGAGCCGUUGCUCCGGAACCAGCAGAAACCUCCUCGGACAGCAGUCGGGCGCCUGCCCCAGCAGCUCGCGUGGUCGCCGGAGACGCUGCGGCCGCCACCGCCGCUCCAACCCGGCCUUUCGCGCCCCUUGCCGCCGGCUCGCCUGGGCGGCCGGGAUGCAGCCGGGGCAUGGCCGCCGGGGCCCCGUCACCUGCCGCGGGGAACGCUGAACCCGUUGAAAAGCUGCCUGUGAGAACCUAGCGCUCUCUUGUGAUCCCACUCUGCGUGGGCACACACACUCCAUACUGAGGCAGCCUCAUCAGUUCCUCCACAGGUCCUUGGCUACAGCAAAGUAGACAGCAGCACCCCCAACAGUGUGACAUCAGAAGAACCAAGGGGAAUUCUGCCGGCCUCCCCAGAGCUGGCCCACAGGCCUCCUUGGCGGGAACCUGUCCAAGGAGUGGCCAGUUCUACAAACAGAGAGCCCAGAGCGCCUCCGGGAAAAUUGGCUGAAUAAAAGGGCAAUCAGGACGCCACGGCUCCUCCUGAAGCGAUGGCCCAGCCCUACCCCCCUGCCCAGUACCCUCCUCCGCCUCAGAAUGGAAUCCCAGCCGAAUAUGCUCCACCUCCACCUCAUCCCACACAGGACUACUCCGGCCAGACCCCUGUACCCCCAGAGCACGGCAUGACCCUCUACACGCCAGCACAGACGCAUCCUGAGCAGCCAGGCACUGAGGCCAGCACACAGCCUAUCGCUGGGACCCAGACGGUGCCGCAGGCAGAUGAGGCAGCACAGACAGCCAGCCAGCAGCUCCACCCUUCCGACCCCACGGAGAAGCAGCAGCCCAAACGACUACACGUCUCCAACAUCCCCUUCCGGUUCAGGGACCCCGACCUGCGGCAAAUGUUCGGGCAAUUCGGGAAAAUUUUAGACGUGGAGAUCAUUUUUAACGAGCGGGGCUCCAAGGGUUUUGGGUUUGUAACUUUUGAAACUAGCUCAGAUGCUGACCGAGCCCGGGAGAAGCUGAAUGGGACGAUCGUAGAGGGACGGAAAAUUGAGGUCAAUAAUGCCACAGCCCGGGUCAUGACCAAUAAGAAGCCUGGGAACCCGUAUGCCAAUGGCUGGAAGCUAAACCCUGUGGUAGGAGCAGUCUAUGGGCCUGAAUUCUAUGCAGUGACCAGUUUCCCAUACCCCACCACGGGCACCGCCGUCGCCUACAGGGGUGCGCACCUGCGGGGCCGGGGCCGUGCUGCCUAUAAUCCAUUUCGAGCUGCGCCACCUCCGCCCCCCAUUCCAGCUUAUGGAGCGGCACUGGAACAAACGCUUGUUAAAAUGCCAGUCCCGUGGGCGGGGCUGGCACCGUGCCCCCUCCCUCCUCAGCAGACACCGGAGCCGGCCUACCCCACCUCUCCAGCGUUCCCACCACUCUCUUGUCCGUUUGCUUCCAGGGUCGUGUAUCAGGAUGGAUUUUAUGGUGCUGAGAUUUAUGGAGGCUAUGCAGCUUACAGAUAUGCUCAGCCAGCCGCCGCCGCCGCCGCAGCAGCUUACAGUGACAGUUAUGGUAGAGUCUAUGCAGCCGCUGAUCCAUACCAUCACACCAUCGGCCCCACAGCAACCUACAGCAUCGGAACCAUGGCUAGCCUCUGCCGAGGAGGGUACAGCCGCUUCACCCCCUACUAGCAAGAGACCCCCUCACAGCAUUCACACUACAGCUUAUUCCAAACCAAACCGUACAGUCCCAACACCAGGCACAACCGCCCGGAGGACAGUGCGCCCCUCCCAGUCAGCGACCAGCAAGCUGACCCUCUGCGACUCUAAAGUCCAUAGAUUUUUACCUCCAGCCAGCUGGUCUCCCCACCCCACCCAUGCUGGUGUGUGUGUCUCUGACCCUGGUUUUCCUGUAUGUCUGAACCUUGGUUUCCUAUCUUGACGUUGUUGUACGAGCCACUUCAGGUAUGGUAUGCAUACAGCGGGAGCCAGGCCGGGGGGACAGCAAGGUGCCCUGCCAGGGUCAUGCCCAGGCCUCAGGGCAGCACGGGCCCUUGGGGCUCCAGAAGUGCCAGGCCAAGCCUCGCUCAGAGCCACCUCGGGCAGCCCCUGCAAACCUGGCCACCCGGGGUUUGAUAGCUGACAGAGGAGUUCCAGGCCUAGUCAGGGGGAUCCUCCCAGCAGUUGGGGCUUCCACCCACCUUUCACACGGAAUAUCAGGAAUAGCUGCAUCCCCUCUCUGGACUUCCACUCAGCUGAAGUUAACGUUUCUAUAAGAGUUUACUAAAGAGCUUCCUGUCCAAGUUGUCACAAGCACACCAUUCUGUGUGCAAUGCUGCUGUGGUCAGCUGGCCCUGGGUCCCCUUACAGUCGUGGAAAUGUCCCCAAGGUCUCACCCUGCAUUGCCUGUGGACCUGGAGACCCUCCCUGAGCCUGACCACCCUCAGGCUCCUGGAGCUGAUGGCUCUGAGUAUCUAUUUUUGACCUACACAGCCACCCCACCCAUCUCCAAAACCCAACAUACUUUUUGUCGCGGUCCAUUCCAGGAAAAGGAAGGGUUCCUGGAGUCAGGCCAGGGACACAGAAUCAGCUUUCUCCUCUGGCCUCCCUGCAGCCACCAAGCCUCAGUGAACAUGUGUGUGCCUCUGUGGCCUGUGGGGGCCCACCUAGCUCCACUGCCUAGAGUCCCAGAAAGGAUGCCAGUCGGUACCCGACGUCAGGCUGGAACCCUAGGGAACUAGCAGAUGCUAACCCCUCCACUCUGGGGGUUCAGGGCCACAAGAUGACCAAAGUUGCAAGUCCCAUCAAGCCCCGUUGUGGAUAGAGCCGUGCUCCCUCUCCUCCACGUUUGCAGCUCUCUUCCACCAUACCCUGCCCUCUACCCGAUCAGACAUCAUCUGCUCUCAGCCCUGCCCAUGUGGUGUGGUCCCAGAAGCUGUGGUGGGAGUAUGGGCAGGAUGGGGGUGUGUGGCCUCAGGGCAGGUUUAGGGGAGGUGUGGCUUCAGGUCGGACCCCAGAUCACAGGCACGGGUGGCCCCCCGCAUGCUGCAGCCACCCCUCGGAAACCUCAAGCCCUCGUUUCUGUUUCUGUUGUAGUGAAACCUCCCACCGUCUCCUUCUCGGACCAUGAAGGGCAAAAACAAAAAAACAAAAAAAAUCACAAAACAAAAAACAAAACAAAAAAAGAUGUUAAGAUCCAAGCAACAACAACAAAACAACAACAAAAAAAAUACCAACCAAACCAAGAGGCAUCCAAUCAAGUCCAAGUCCACGUCUGGCGUACACCCGCACCGAGGGAGCUCGUCCCCCAGGGGGCGCCGGAGAGUGGCUUUGCCUGGCUGGCGGUGCAGUGGGGACGCGGCCUGGCACUGGGGAAGACCUGGAGGGGAAACGUGGCCAGUGGGUGUGGGGCGGGGGAAGAGGGCGGGGGGCUUCGGUAUCUAUCCAGUCUUCCUUCCCCACCCUGCUCCCCAGACAGGGGGUUCCUAGGGUGGACCAGGCCCCUGAGAAGGAGUGGCUAGCUCACUUGGGCUAUCGCCUGCUGAGCCCUCAAGGGGCUGGAACAGUUAGGGGCCAGCGGCUUAUCACUCAUCCCAGGUCUCCAGCCUGGCCUCAUUGAAUGUUGCUGCCAGUGCCGUCAGCUAUCCAACCAGCCGCCCUGGGUUCCAACUCCCAAUGCAAAGGGCUGACAUGGCUCCAGAACUCUGGGGCACCCCAUGCUCCGCUCCCCUAUGUGAGAAAGCUUCCAGCUACAACGAACAAAGAAAGCCCAGCCAGCGAGGACCCAGUCCUCACGCUGUGAACGUGGACAGGUGGGCCCUCGGGCACAGGGUUGUUUGUCGUGGCAGCCUCCCUGAAGGAGGCGCUGUGGGCUCGAAGGCCAGCCUCAGCUGUCUGCUAGGACCCAGCCCUCCUUUCCACUCCCUUCUGUAGGCUCGGUUCUGCUGGGGAGUGGGGAAUGAGACGGGCCAGCCCUGCGCUGCACCUCGAGGUUGGGAGUCAAGGUGCUGUUUGUCGGAAGGCCACAGUCAGAGCAGGACCCCUGGGAAAGACAAGAGAUGGGGAAGGCCUGGGCUGGCCCUGCCACAGGGAAGGCCGGCUGGGCUGCAGCCCGUUUGCUUCCUGGGCAGGUGAAGUGCGGGAGUCACGGGAAAGCAGCAGGCCCAGUGGAUGGAACAGGGAAGAAGAGGUAUCAGGAAGCCGCUGGGCAAGGCAGGGAUAGGUGGAGUAGGGUUAACAG